AUGAGACUAUUGAGAGGCCCUAAACAUAGAAGAAAUUCAACCAACAAGAACCCAAAGAAGUUGAAAACAGUUAAGCAUUUAGAUGAGAAUCCAACCAUUUUCUCAUCAAAUGUACAACCCUACAGUCUUAGCUCCCCAUUCUCUUUGCCCCCUUAUGAAUCUCUGGCUCCAAUCCCAUUGCCAGAAAACAGCCCUCCAUUUUGUGUGUUCCCACCACCAGGUACUCCUUCCACCACCAUGCCUACCCCCACAGGCCUUCAACCCACAACACCAUCACCACCUUACUAUUACACCUCACCAGUUCUCCCAAUCCAAAACCCUCCUCCAAAUCCCCUAAUCAUAACACCAGGCCCACCAGAUUCUUUCCCCACACCAACCCCAGAAAUUGUUCCAGGCCCACCCACCAUAACGCCGGGCUCACCCGAGCCCGUGCUCAAUCCUCCUAUCAUUAUCCCAAGCCCACCUGACUUUGAGCCCAGCCCCUACUUUGAGCCCAGCCCACCUUUCAUAAUCCCAUCCCCCUCUGGUGGGAUUACCCCAGGCCCACCAACGAUAAUCCCCUCCCCCUCAGGAGGCACUGUCCCUAGCCCAAGUGUGUUUCAGCCACCUGUUGUGUACCCUCCACCAAGUGUGCCACCACCACCCAACUAUGCCCCAAGGACCACCCUGUGGUGUGUGGCAAAGCCCUCCGUCCCAGACCCAAUCAUCCAAGAGGCCAUGAACUAUGCUUGUUGGUCAGGAGCAGAUUGCACCUCAAUUCAGCCCAAUGGGCCCUGCUAUGAGCCCAACACUGUGUAUGCACAUGCUUCAUAUGCUUUCAAUAGUUACUGGCAAAGGACUAAAGGUGCUGGAGGAAAUUGCGAGUUUGGAGGCACAGCCAUCCUAGUUGCAGUUGACCCUAGUGAGUACCAAAAUCAUAAGACAAUUUGGUUUCAUUAA